CCGACGUGACUCUACCACGCAGCUCGCAGCGUCGUUGCUAUUGCUGUCUGCAUUUUGCAUUCCAUCAGCGCCUGAUACGUAUGUGGAAUAUUGUCGGUGUUCAUACAAUGCGCCUCUGGACACUCGCGAUGUCAGAAGCGGCCCGUAACCAAAAACAAUGUUAUCCCUUGUCAACAAUCAGGCUAUAAGAGCGAAGUGCGGGCUUCGAGUGAUCCGACAUCUAUAAUUGCAAGGCUUAGCUGGAAUCUUCUUUCAGCGAUGGUUUUGACAAUACAGUGGCCUGAGCGUUUUGCUGACCUGAAGCGCGAAAUUGUGGAGGCGACUCCCGAUUACGAGAGACGCUUGACUGAGUCUUGGAACGAUCUUCUCCAGGAGCUCAAUCAACGCACGACAGAAAUUACGGACGAGGGCCCCAACUACAUCCCCCAAGUCCAUUUCCAGUACCUAGACAUUUUGGUCCCUGAGCAACUCGAUGAUAUUCGACGCAAGGGCUCUAUUGUCAUCCACGGCGUUGUUGAAGAGAGUGAGGCUGCCUGCUGGAAGACCGCUUUGGAGGAUUUUAUCAAAGCUAACCCCCACGUCGAAGGUUUCCCCGAACGGGACAAGCAAUUCUUCUUCCUUUACUGGACCCGAGCACAAGUACAAGCACGCGCCCACCCUAACGUCCUUAAAGCUUCCAUCUGGCUUAAUAACCUUUACCGCACAAAGACCGACAAGAAGAUGGAAGGCGUAGAUCUCGACGUUCCGUUGGUAUAUGCAGAUCGGAUCCGCAUUCGUCACCCCGGUGUGCAAUGGGAUGUCCACCCCCCUCAUGUUGACGGGGGUUCCAUGGAGCGCUGGGAAGAUGACAACUUCCGCAGGUGCUUCGCGGAUAUUUUGAGUGGCAACUGGCGCCAGCACGAUCCCUAUGAACUCGAGGGCCGCCUUGAUGCUCGUGCAUCCUUAUAUGGAAGAGCUGGACAGGCAACUGUGUUCCGGACCUUCCAGGGUUGGCUGGCUAUAAGCAAGACCGCUCCUACUCAAGGCACCCUGAAAGUAUUCCCCGAUGUGUUCUUGUCAAAUGCAUACACCAUCCUCCGCCCAUUCUUCCGACCGACUGUUCCCCUCGACUCUAAGGACAUACUUGAUCCGGAAAACUGGGUGUUCGAUAUAUCCACUCCUGAUUUUCCUGGCAUUCAGCCUCGUGACAACGGUUGGGUCGGACCACAACCCACCCCAAAAUUGCACCCCCAUCUCAGGCUAGAUGAUACCAUGACCUCCGUGCCCAAGGUGAACCCUGGUGACAUGGUUUUCUGGCACUGCGAUGUCGUCCACUCUGUCGAGCAGGAACACACCGGUUCAUGCGACUCUGCUGUUAUGUAUAUCCCGGCUGUUCCGCAGACCCCUCAAAACACAGCCUACGUAAAGAAGCAGGCCGAGACGUUCCUUGCCGGUACCAACCCGCCCGACUUCGCGAAGGACGGGACGGGCUUCCCAUACAUUGGACUUGGCGUCGAUGCAGAUGUUGUCCAGCCUAUCAGUCGAAUCGCGAUGGGUCUCCCUGUCGCUGUCGCAUAGAAAGAGUUUCGUCCGUGUCGUGCGUUCA